UUUGUGAGCAGUCUAGGACUUUGUACAUCUGCAAGGUAGGGAGAAGGCAGGGGAGGUGGCUGGUUUAAAAUGAACUGGAGGGACGUAAGGAAGACUCCUCUUGGGACCUUUGGAGUAAGUGACGCAGGAGCCCAGCCCCGCAAGUGAGCUCACCUACCAAUCCAGCUGAGGGACAGAGCCUGUGAGCCAGGCUGAGCAGAGGUGGGUGGGAAGAGGGAAAACUGCAGGGAUCUCCGGUUGAGCCAGACCAGAGGCUGCUGUAGCUUUAACCAGACAACUCAGACCUGUCUGGUGGCUGCCAGUGACAGGCUAGGUUUACGGCAGAGAAGAAGCAAGACUAUGGUGGGGAAGAUGUGGCCUGUGCUGUGGAUGCUCUGUGCAGUUAGGGUGACUGUGGAUGCCAUCUCUGUGGAAACUCCGCAGGAUGUUCUUCGGGCUGCUAGGGGAACGAGUGUCACCCUGCCCUGCACCUACCACACUUCCGUCUCCAGUCGAGAGGGAUUUAUUCAAUGGGAUAAGCUUCUCUUCAGUCAUACGGAAAGAGUGGUCACCUGGCCGUUUUCAAACAAAAACUACAUCUAUGGUGAGCUUUAUAAGGAUCGUGUCAACAUGUCGGGCAAUGCUGAGCAGUCCGACGCCUCCAUCACCAUUGGUCAGCUGACCAUGAAAGACAACGGCACCUACGAGUGCUCCGUUUCGCUGAUGUCAGACCUGGACGGCACCUCCAAGUCACGCCUCCGCCUCUUGGUCCUCUCGCCACCCUCCAAACCAGAAUGCGGCAUCGAGGGAGAGACCAUAAUUGGGAACAACAUCCAGCUGACCUGCCUAUCACAGGAGGGCUCACCAGCCCCUCAGUACAGCUGGAAGAGGUACAACAUCCUGAACCAGGAGCAGCCCCUGGCCCAGCCAGUCUCAGGCCAGCCCGUCUCCCUGAAGAACAUCUCCACAGACACAUCAGGUUACUACAUCUGCACCGCCAGCAAUGAGAUGGGGAGGGAGUCCUGCAACAUCACGGUGGCCGUCAGACUUCCCUCCAUGAACGUGGCCCUGUAUGUGGGCAUCGCGGUGGGCGUGGUUGCAGCCCUCAUCAUCAUUGGCAUCAUCAUCUACUGCUGCUGCUGCCGGGGGAAGGACGACACCGACGAGAAACAAAGGCCGAAUCCGGAAGCCUAUGAGGAGCCGCCAGAGCAGCUGAGAGAACUUUCCAGAGGGAGAGAGGAGGAGGAUGACUACAGGCCACAAGACCAGAGGAGCAUGGGGCGUGAAUCCCCAGACCACCCCGGCCGGUGACGGGCCGGCAGCGGAGGGCAGCAGAGGCAGGGUUAGGACUUCAUUCCCUGGCUUCCUGGCCUCCUUCUCUCUAAGCCCCAUUCUCCUGUCCCUCCAUCCCAAACAUUGAUGGGGCAUUUCUUCCCCUCUGUCAGCUGUGAGGAACGUGGCUGGCCUAGUAAGGGGGUCUUUCCUGUGACUGACCCUGCCAACCUUGCUGUCCUGUGAAGUGACUCCUCCUGUCUGUGAUACCUGGUUCAGGGCCUGGCCCUCACUCGAGACAAGGCUGCAGCCUCCACUUCCCCCAUAGUUGGCAGGAGCUCCUGGAAACACAGCGCUGAGCAUGGGGCACUCACGCUGAGAACUCUCCAGGGAGGUGAUGCCAGCUGCGGGGGGGGGGGAGCUGCCCUGCUUACCUGUGAGCCCAGCACCUGGAGGGGCACCGGCAGAGGGUCUGCACUCCACAUAUUUUUGUUGAAUGAAUGAAAGAGUAAGUAUGCUUGGGCCCUGCAUGGGCCUGGCCUCCAGCUCCCACUCCCUUUCCAGCCUCACUUCCCAUAGCUGCCAGUAUGUCCCAGACCCUCCUGGGAAGGCCACCUCCCACUCCCGCUGCACAGGCCCUGCGGAGCUUUUGCCCACACACUUUCCCUUUUUGCCUGUCAAUGUCCUACCUGUCCCCCCAGGCCCAUCUCAAAUCACAAGGAUUUCUCUAACUCUAUCCUAAUUUUCCACAUAUGUGGAAACAAUGCUGUCACUCUGUCCCACAGCCAAUCAUGGGCCACAAGACACAGUCCUCUGAGCGAGUGCCUCUGGCUAUAUUAGAGCACCAGCUCCUUGGGGCAGGGCCUGGGCCUCAUAGCUUUUGCUUUCCCUGAAGCCCUAGCAGCUGGCGCCCAUCCUAGUGGAUGUUUAAGCUUAAUUGGGGAAACUGCUUUGAUUGGUUAGGCCCUCCCUUCUCUGAUCUCCCUGAGAUGACUGUGGAUGCAAGGAUGACUCCCACCCAAACACACAUGUUCAUUCAGUAAGUUAAAUAGGAAUUGAUUUAAAGUGAACACACACCAGGAGCUUACUUGCAGAGUGUCUAAUUCCUCUCCAGGCCAGAAUAACUGGCUGGGUUCCUGGUUGUUCCUGCGUCGGAUACCUCAGCCCUGGCCCUGCCCAGCCCAUUCGGGCUCUGGUUUUCUGGUUGGACUAUCCUGCUGCCCUCUCUCACCUUCCCUCUGCUUGUCAAGCAUUUCCCCUACUCUUGAGAGCUCAGGCAGCGUUAGACCGCGUAGGUCCCAGGGCCCAGUGGCUGGUCUCACCCAACUGCAGUUUACUCUUGCUGUCUUUUCUGGAUGAUCAGAAAAAUAAUUCCAUAAGACUAUUGUCUACUUGUGAUUUUUUUAAUGUGUAUUUUUAUAUAUAUUGUUAAAUCCUUUGCUUCAUUCCAAAUGCUUUCAGGAAUAAUAAAAUGUGGGUGAAAAUUCUUA